CCAAGAUGGCGGACGAAGGGACAAGUCUGGUAAAGAGUAGACCUCAGCGCAAAAAUGCUGGAAAUCGGAUGUCUAAAAUGAUCGAAGAUGAACAAGAAGUCGACGACUUCUAUAAGACAGCUUUUGGUGGCUUUGAAGAGGAAUCAGGAGACGAGGAGUUUGAAAAAGAUGAAGAAGAAGAUGUCGACAUUGUUGAUUCAGAUUUUAGUUUAUCUGAGACAGAUGAGGUCAUUGAACAAGACGAAGAUGAGCCUAAGAGGAAACGAAAAAAGGUUUUCAUAAAGCCUUAUCGUCAGCAAAAGCCAGAGAGUGAAGAACCAAAGCCUAAACAGGCCCCAAAACCGAAGAAAUUUGGUGGAAAUGCUACUCCAAGGGAAGGACUUCGUAAAUCAACUCGUACGUUGACGGUCUCUAAAGCAGAAGAACUUAAACAAAGACAGCAUGAAGAAAAAGAAAAGCGCAGUAAACAGAAGCAACAGAACUUCAAAGCACCGCCUGGAAUGCGACGGCUCACUCAGGAAGAACUCCUAGCAGAAGCCAAAAUAACAGAGGAAGAAAACCUCGCAUCGCUCGCUGCUUAUCAACGACUCGAAGCAGACCGAAAGAAAACAAAAGUCGUUAAGGUAACCAACAAGGGACCUUUGAUAAGAUUUUGUUCUUUAUCUAUGCCAGUAGUAGAAAUACACGAACCUAUUCUAAAAGUCGACGAGAUCGAGAAAGAUGAAGAGGAUCCCAAGGUCAGUGUUGAUUCGUCGAAGCGCUGCAGUCGAAAUUUUCUCAUUUUCACGGAUGCAAAGAGUUUUCCAGAUGCUUAUUUUCCUACCAAGAAAGUCAAAUAUCCACAAAGGAAAUAUUGUCCAGUGACAGGGCUACCUGCACAGUACAGAGACCCCUUAACUGGUCUGCCGUAUGCCAAUGCACAGGCGUUCAGGUAUAUAAGGGAGAGCUAUGUAAUGCAGAUGGAAGAGAACAAAGAGAAAGGAGGGAUGGAAAAUGAAACAAGAAAAAGAAGAUAACAGCUGUGCUACACUACAGCAAUAGUCCCCUUCACAGUUCCCUGCACCAUCUUAAAAAGUAGCCGCACCUUUACAUCGAAGCGAG